UAAUUUUUUCAGUUUUCUUUUAACCAUCAAACAAAAUGGAUCGUUGGAUUAAUAAAGUUGCGAUAAUAACUGGCGCCAGUUCUGGAAUUGGUGAAAAUAUAGUGAGAGAAUUGGUGAAAAAAAAUUUGAAAGUUGUUGGUUUAGCGAGAAGAAUUGAAAAUAUGGAAAAAAUUAGAAUGGAUUUAAAAAAUGAAACUGGUACAUUUUAUCCAAUAAAAUGUGAUGUCAGUAAAGAAGAAGAUAUAAUCGAGGCAUUUCAAUGGGUGGAGAAAAAUUUUGAAUCUGUUGAUAUUCUCAUUAAUAAUGCUGGAGUUUAUAAAGCAGAUUUAUGUAUUGAAAGUUCAACAGAAAAUUUGAAAAAAGUAAUUGAUGUUAAUUUAAUUGCUCCCACAAUCUGUACCAGGGAGGCUGUAAAAAUUAUGAGAGCCAACAAUACAGCCGGUCAUAUUAUUAAUAUCGACAGUAUUCUGGGACAAAAUGUGGGAUUCUAUAAUACCCACGCAGGUGCUAUGUACAGUCCGAGUAAAUUUGCCUUAAAGGCUGUUAGUCAAAUUGUUGAAUUGGAACUUGAACAUGUCGAAUGUUCAACAAAAGUUACUACAAUUUUUCCCGGAUUGGUAAAAACUGAAAUGGCACCAGAGAUUGCAUACAAAUUAUAUCCCUACAUUGAUUCUAAGGAUAUUUCUGAAAGUAUAAUUUAUGUUUUAUCAACACCUCCACAUGUACAGAUUAAAGAACUAACAAUAACAGCAGUUCCUGGUUACAAACUUUCAAUAAAGAUGGAACGUUGGAUUAAUAAAGUGGCCGUUAUUACUGGUGCUAGUUCUGGUAUUGGUGCAAAAAUUGUUAAAGAAUUGGUGAAAAAAAAUGUCAAAGUUGUGGGUUUGGCGAGACGAAUGGAAAAUAUGGAAAAAAUUAAAAUUGAAUUAAAAGAUAAGGGAAAAUUAUUAUUUUUCCCAUUAAAAUGUGAUAUUUCAAAAGAAGAUGAUAUUUUAAAAUCAUUUAAAUGGAUUGAAGAAAAUUUAAAAUCUGUCGAUAUUCUCGUUAAUAAUGCCGCUGUUAAUACAAAUGAUUUAUGUAUUGAAAUUUCAACGGAGACAAUAAAAAAUGUCUUGGAUGUAAAUUUAAUUGGUCCAACUAUUUGCAUCAAGGAAGCUGUACGAAUUAUGAAAGAAAAAAAUUCCGCUGGUCAUAUUUUCAAUAUAUGCAGUGUCCUGGGACAAAAUAUUCAAAUAUUUCACGGUAUAACUUUUAAUCUUUAUGGACCAAGUAAAUUUGCCCUCAAAGCUAUUAGCGAUGUUGUUGAACUCGAAUUGGAAAGUAUAAAAAGUCCCGUUAAAGUUACUACCAUUUAUCCUGGCUUGGUGAAAACUGAAAUGCCACCGCAGGCAGCAUUCAAAAUGUUUCCCUAUCUCGAUCCGGAUGAUAUUUCAGAUGCUGUUAUGUAUGCUUUAUCUACUCCUCCUCACGUUCAGGUUAAAGAACUGACGAUCACACCACUUCAAACUUAUCAAAGGAAAACAAUGGACAAUGCCGAAUAAAUUAUAAUUUCAAUAAUAAUUUAAUUCAUUAUUCAGUUUUUGAGGAUAUUCUAUAUUUUUUUUUUUAUCAAUGUUACUUAAUAAAGAUUAUUAUUAAAAGAAAAUAAUUAAAGAAAAGAAAAUUAUUUAUAUUUUACUAAAUUUUAGGUAUUUUUUGUAUUCAUAAUAAUGAAUAAAUUUGUUUAAAUUUUUUUUUUAUACGUUUCUAGAAUGUAAAUUAAUUAAAUUUAUUUAAAAAAUUUUUUUAUUCAAUGCUAUUUUAUUACAUAGUUGUAAGACGGGUUUCCUAUACUAACAAGGAACACUAUACCCAGGUGUACCUCACCGAUUUCGCUAAUUUUGUGAUUGUAUGUUGUAGUUCUUUGAAAAAUAUUCGACACGUAUAUUUUUAUAACAUAAGUUUACAGGCCACGGAUUAUACGACUUUUUCCGACUUUUUUUUCAAAAAUACGACUUUUAUCGAUUUAUUUUAAUAAAAUGCGACAUUUUUUUUUUACAUUUGAAAAAAAAUGUAAAUAAAAUACAUUUUUUUUAGAAUAAAAUGUAUAGAUCUUC